GUUCCGGGGCUCCUCCCCCUCCUCAAUGCGCGUUCCGGGGCCCCGGCUCCCUCUUGGCCAUUGUGUUCCCAGCGCGCGUACUGUCUCGCGGUACAGUGCGCGCUCUCCAUUAACAACAACAAUCAACAACAAUUCAACAACAACAACAAUUCAACAACAACCAACAAACAAGCAGCAGCAGCACAGACUCACGCGCCUCGAAGGAGCCGCCCUCGUCGCAUGUGCAAGCCCCGCGGCGCGAUCGGAGGAAUUUACCUGCGCGUGGUGCAAACCGCGGGGCCCGGCUGGUUUCCACCGUCGCAGGGAUUCGUCGCACCUCAACCGGUUCCCGACGACGGGACUCCUCCUCGCUGGGACAACGCCGCUACCGCCGCCGCCACGACCACCGACUCAUCCCCCUCCUCCUCGUCGCUCUCCGCCGGCGACUUGCCGCUGGGAAGCCCGGCGGACGUGCUCCUUUGGCGCCGCUCGGCGGUCUGAACCGCCAGCCGCCGCCACCGUCGUGGUCCGCGUAGGGUCGGAGCGCCGCCAUGGAUGGCGUAGGGCUGUGUGACGCGGGCGCCGCGUCGACCAUCGCCGCCGGAGAAGAAGAGGAGGAAGAGGAGGAGGAAGAGGAGGAGGACGAGGAAGAUGAGGAGGAUGAACACAUGCACAGCUUAGGCUUCCUCAACGAGGCCGGGGAGUUCCUCCCUCCGUCUCCCACGGCCCUCGACGACGAAGAGCACUGGAUCCUGCCCCUGGCAGAGGAGCCCGGCCAAGGUACCGACUCCGGCAGGGACGUGCCAGGAGCAGCGAUGGGUGACCUCGAGGGGGCGCUGGGUGGUUUACACGAAGCACAGGGCGGUCUAGCAGACAUCGUCGAGGGCGGCUGCCCGAAACGUCGUCCCGGCCGGCCGAUCCUGCACGGCGGGCGCGUGCGAAAGUCACGCGCCCGGGCUCCCCCUGCCGACGGCAAGGCCGCCGCCGCCGCCGCCGCCGCCAAGCCGCCUUCAAAGCGCAGCGAGCGCAACGGAGCCGGCGCCGGCGCCGCCGCCGCCGCCGCCGCCGGCGCCGCCGGGGACGAAAUAUCGAAGCGCCCGUACGCGUGCUCCCGCUGCGACUUCCGGUGCGCGUGGUCGGGCCAGCUGACGGUGCACGUGCGCUCGCACACGGGCGAGCGGCCCUACUUCUGCCACAUCUGCGGCAAGGCGUUCACGCAGAGCGGCGACCUGCGCGCCCACCAGCGUUCGCACACGGGCGAGACGCCCUACCGCUGCGAGGCGUGCGGCAAGGCGUUCGCCCGCCGCGGCUCCUACCGCAUCCACCGGCGCACGCACACGGGCGAGACGCCCUACAGCUGCGACGAGUGCGGCAAGGCGUUCACGCAGAGCGGCCACCUCGUCACCCACCGGCGGCUGCACACGGGCGCCAAGCCGUACAGCUGCGACGUGUGCGGCAAAGAGUUCGCGCGCAACUACAGCCUCAAGAGCCACCAGCGCACGCACACGGGCGAGACGCCCUACAACUGCGACAUCUGCGGCAAGGCCUUCUCCUUCAGCUCCAACCUCAAGCACCACAUGCGGUCGCACGCACGCGCCGAGCUGGCGUGGGCCGCCGCGGUGGAGGCCGCGGAGGGGGACGAGAGCAAAGGGUGACCCCCCCCCCCCCCCCCCCCCCUACUAGCCGUCUCACCCCCUUGCCCCCCACUGGCCGUCCGUCAGAGGCAGGAGAACGGCGGUGUCGAUGCCUCGCCCGAUAUUUUUUUUCCUUCCCCCGCCCCCCCCCCCCCCCCCCCCCAACUCACCGAUGGGGAGUGGGGGAACGGCCGAGCCCGCGGCGGAGAUGCCAGCGAAAGGAACCGGUCAACGGCGCGCGCCGAUUGGCGCGGCUGUUCCGUGGGGGGGGGGGGGGAGGGAGGUGCGGGGGGACCAAGGGAGAAGAGAACGUCGUUUGGAAGGGAAGCGAGGAGAAUGGUUGGACCGUGAUGCCCCCUCCCCCACCGUCCCCCAUCACCACCGCCUCUGCCUCCGCCCGCCGUGUUCUUGGGUUUUGAUUUCUCUGCUUCUCUGCGGCACCCGCGAUGGUCGAGCGAGGAUCGUCUUUGUUUUGUUGUUGUCGUCGUCGUUGUCGUCGCUGUAGCCAUGGUCCUGUCGCCACCGUCGUCGUUAGCGUCGUCGUCGUAAUUUAAGUGGCAGACGGGAGACGGAGGUUUUUGUGCGUGUUUUGGGGGUUUUGUUUCUGCUGCUGCCGCCGCCGAAAGUCAGCAGCCUCGCGACCUGGACCGCCCCCCCCCCCCCCCCCCACGGCUCUUUCUCGGCCACUUGAUAGGCAGUCACGUGAUUGGUCACACGACUAGCCGGUGUUAAACAAGGUGACGACGCGGGGUGGAAUGUCGGCCACCCGUUGACUUUCCUCUCCCUGUGUGUAUACGCGGCCCUCUCCGCAGUUGCAUUUUUUUAGCUCCCCCCCCCACCCCCCCCGACGACUUUAAAGUUAACGGUUGUUGACUUUAAACAUUUUGUCGCCAGUCAUCGUUCAAAUCGGUUUCUCAAAAACGUUAUCGGGCAAAUGGGUCUCCUUCGGUGCGCAGAGAAUGGGCGGGGAAACCCACAGCCCGUCGAUCCGAACAUGGCCCUCCUUGGCGUCAUUUCAUAACGAUUGUAAUAAUAAUAAUAGUAUGAGAAUAGGUUUUCCCAUUUUUUUCUGGCAACAAAACAGGUGUUGAGAUGUUAAAACACAAAAACUGAAACCUUUUUUUUACAAGGAAUCAUGUCUGACUUAACCACAAUACUUGUGGUCAGAAUGCAAACAAAAAUAAUAAUAGUCUGUGCCCAUUUCCGGAGGGGCCAUUCAUGUGGGACUGCAUUUUGCGAAGCUGCGCAAAUCCGCAACGCACGAAGGCGCAUGCAGUAGAAUCUCCUUCCCCCCCCCCCACUCUUGAUGGCGGUAAUUGGUUCCACAAAAGCAUGUCCGCAGAGCGAUUUGGUCGUUAGGCGAGUCGGGGAAAUACACGUUACAAAGGCCCAAUUCGUUCCGGUGGCGUCGAAAGUUACCCCUUUUUCACC